AUGCGUAUAUCACGUCCAUCCGACCGUUUCUGUUUUUCUGUGCACCGGUUCCUAGAGGGAAACCGGACUGCGCAAAGGGUGCCCGACGACGGCAGCGGUGGCGGUGUGGGAACCGGUUCGCCGGGUGGUUGUGAAAUGCUUUCGCCCAACACUGGACCACGGCCGUGCCGUAUAAUAUAUCCGGCGGCGGGUUUCGCUUCUGCCUCGGGAGCAGCAGCUGUGCAGCGAGCGCAAAGGGUUAUGACACGCAGACAACAAAGUAAGACGGUACCACUUAUAGCCGCCAUCGCCGUUCGCGCGGGCGAGACAAAAGCGUCAUCGGCGGUUACGGGCAUAUGUGGCGGCGGCUGCUGCGUCGAUAACGGCGCGUGCACAGUAGAGUUCCUCCCACCGCUUGUUAUGACGCCAUUCCUCUGCCCGUAUACGGUUUUUUGUCGGCUCCGCGCAAGCGGUAGCCACAUGGCCCUCCGAGUUGACGGACCUCAAAUUCCUAAACGUCUGGUCAUCGUCGCCGCGCUGUCGGGUGCGGCGUGUCGGCGAUGGGGUGGCGGGGUGAGAGUUUGUCAAGUCGAAAGACCGUUAUUAUUCGACGUCAUAUUAUUGUUUAUCAAAUUAAAAAUAUGUUCGAAUCUGUAA